AUGGAUGGAGAUGAAAUUGAUUCCUGGAGUGAUCCGAGUUCAGGUGAUGAAUUGUUAUGUGCUCAAUUACAAGAAGCAGGACUGAUGUCAAAAUAUAAACGGCGUAAACAAAGUUGCAAAGAAGAUAAAAAAAGAAUUAAACUAAAUUUAAAUCAAAAAGAUAACACUAGUUCUUCUGAUACCAAAGCAUGCAAUUCUCCUAAUAAAUACGAAAUUAUUGCAACACCAAUAAACAAACAAAACUUUGGAGAGUCCAUGAAAAGUAUUUUAAGUAGCCAGGACAAUGUAAAAACAACAUUUAAUCAAAACAUAGACUUGGAUGUUGAAAACAUUGACAUUAACAAUCUACAAGUUAUAGAAAAAGUUGGUAAUGACUUCUUUGAUCUGCAACAGGUACCAACCGAGUUCGCUGCGGUGGCGAUCGAGUAUCCUUCUGUAUUGAAUGAUGUCAAAAUCGCGGUAGAAAGUGAGAACGUUGUGCAAGAACUAGGAAAUAUUGUCCUUGAUAUAAAUGCUAUAAAUUUAAAUCAUGAUGAAUCUUUCCCUACUUCAAACCAAGAUAUUCUCGUAUCUACGAAUACUCAAGCCCAAUUUCUGAUA